CGAACGCUCAUGGCUCAACCUGCAAUCUGACUCUUCACAACCGCUCUUUCUGUUACGAUAUACUCGUUUUACAGUAUUACAGCUGGCAAAAUCAUACAUCGUAGCCAUGAAUACACGUGCAUCAGUCGUCUACGGAUGGGGAGUUCUCAUUGCCGGAGCUGCCAUCGCCUAUGGUAUGGCGAAACCUUCGAUCGAUGAGCGACGUCGAAUUGCUACCGAGAAUGGCCAAAGGCCUCUGGAGAUCAAGACCUGGCAACAACGAGUAGCCGAAUCCGAACGAGCGGUGAUGGAUAAUUUGGCGACCCCUGAUCCACAAGCGAAGGCAGCAGCUCAAAUCGGAGCAAUCGGAAACCCAGGCGAAAGCGGGACAUCAGGGCUCGGGGCGGGACUGGAACACGCCGGACGGGGUGUCGGUGUGGGCGACGGACAAGGCAAGAAGUGAUCGUAUCAGGAAUACUCUGAUGACUCGUACGACAACCGAAUCGUCGUCUUACUUCAAUGCUGGAUGGAAAGAGUCGUGUAGUUGGAAUGAGUGGGCGGAAGUUACCAGGAUCAUCAUUUCUACGGGGCAUACGAUGCUCGAUGCUCGACCUUCACUGUAUCUGAUGUACGUCUGACGACCGGUCAUUAAUGACAUAUGUUACGAUGGUAUACUCCCUAAAAGUUCUCCU